GCUGCACUGAAUUAAGAGAAAGUGCCCUAGAACCCAGAGUCAGUCAGUCACCCGCAUCUUAUUUUCUACUCUGGGGUUUCCGAGAGACUAUUAGACUCCCCCGGCGUUCACCUUCUGGGCUUUGCCGUCGCUAUUCAAUUCAGUCAGAAGUUGAAUAUGGAGGAGAGUAGCAGGCAAAUUAGUUUCCCUAUUGAGACUCAAUCUCCUGAUAUCAAGCUUGCUACUCUACUGCUUGCUACCAUUCAGGAAGCGAAAGACCGGAUUCAGGAAACCAAAGACCGCGUUUUACAGAUCGAAUAUGUCUUCCUUGCUCAGCUCUACCCGCUUUUACAGUCCAAGUCCGAAACUCUCCGGAAGUUUCAAGAUGAAUGGAAAUCCAAGGAAGCUAAUCUCUUGCUUCAGAUUGAAACGCUUCAAGCUGAAAACCAGCUUACUGUUGAAGAGAAUCGUUCGCUCAAGCUUGGCAGGGAGAAGCUAUUGAAAGAAAAGGAUGACAUGAUUAACCAACUAAGAGAUGAAGUGACAAGCAUACAACUAAGGAGUGAUGAGCUCGAGCAAAUGCUUGACCACAAGUCUAAGGAAGCCGAUGAGGGAAUGGAAUUGCACAGUAUGUUACUCCAAGAGGUUAAGUCGAAAGACAGUGUCAUUGCGAGUAAGGAAAAGCAAUUGAAAGAGAGUGAAGAAAGUAGAAAUGUGCUUUUUGCCAAAGUGAGUGAUCUUGAAAAAAGAGCUGAUGGACUCCAAGAGGAGUUAAGAGAAAAGACUGAACAAGUGGCCAAGGGAAAUGAUCUUGAACAAAAUCUGUUCAAGAAGAUUGAGUUUCAAGCUUCUGAGAUUAUGAAGAAUGAAAAGCUCUUGAAAGAUCAGGAAGAAGAGAAAAAACUGAUGUUGGCCAAAUUGAAGAACGUGGAGGAAAAUGUUUGCCAACUCCAGAAGGAGCUCCUAACAAAGAAUGAAGAAGUGGAAGAUUGUGCAAGAGAGAAGAAACUUCUUCUGAGAAAAAUGGCUGGUCUAGAGGAGAAAGUUAAUGAGCUACAACAGGAUCUCAGAGGCAGGGCCGGUGAAGUGGCCAAAAGUAGGGGUUCAACUGAAUAUUUACACCAAGAGGUUGAAGCAAUAUCCGCAGAUUUACUGACCGAGAGGAAGAAGUACGGGGAACUUACUGCUGCGUACAAAAGUUUAAAAUCCCAGCAUACUUAUCUGCGCACCAAGUAUGGUCUUACGAGGGAGAAUAUGCUCCCCCAAAAUAAGUUGGAAGAUGAAAAUGAUUUAUUGAGAACUGAUCAGAAUCCAUCAACUUUCCAUGGUCUUGAAGAUAAUGGAGAUGCUUCUCCAGAUGCUUGUUACACAAAGAAAAUGAAGAAUGAAAUCAGUUUUAACAAUAAGUUGAAGGAAGACAAAGUACAAAAACCAAUUCAAGCAAUAGCUCCUUUCUCUCCUACUUCUGUUUUCACUGCACCUAAAUGUCCUUCCUCUGUAAAGUCUGCUCCAGUAACUGGUAGAAAGCGGUCUGCAUCAUCCUGGAUAGACACUAGAUCCCGCCAAGGCCAGAAUGGGCCUGACCCGCAUGAUGAUUUUCUUGAUACCCCAAUUGAGAACAUAAGAGCGAACUUGAAUAGAUCCACAAAGGAAAAGGUUCCUGAGCUUCCUGUUCCUGUUCAAAAUGACUCGAAUUUAGGCAGCUCCGAUGAUGAAACACAGGAUGUGACUGCUGAUCCUCCCAAGCCACAGAAGCAGCAUAUGCCAGUUACAGUAGCUGGCAAAAAUGGUUUCAAGUAUGUGGAACCUGUAAGAAAGAGGGCUGAGCGGGAAAAUUUGAAAGGAGUUGAAUGCAAGCAGUGCAAAAAGUUUUAUGAUGCUGUUCUUCCAGAUGCUGGUGGCAAGGACAACGAUAAUAAUAAGCAUGGUUUCCGCUGUGAGCAUCAUGAAGGUGUUUCUCGACACAGGUACAGGUAUCUUCCCCCUUCAACUCCGGAAGGAUUUUGGAACAUUGACUUUGAGUCUGAAAUGUGA